AUGGCAGAAAGUAUUUUUGUCCGAACUUUUGACGACAGCACUAUUAGCGUGUCCGUGUCCCCUGACACGUCAGUUCUGGAAUUGAAAAAAACCAUCAGUGAUCAGUUGAAUCUUUUAGAAGAGGAUUAUCUAAUUAGUUUUGAAGGUUCUAUUCUGGAGGACAACAAACUGCUUUCCGAUUAUGACAUUUCAAGAAAUACAACUUUUCAUCUGAUUCCGACUUUGCCUGGUGGUAGAGUCUUCAAGAUUAAUCCAAAUCUUGUCAAAAUCGCAGCUAAAUAUCGCUGGGAGAGACGAAUUUGCCGUCGGUGUUACGCUCGUCUUCCGGCCCGAGCAACUCAAUGCCGAAAGAAAAAAUGCCGCUCCAGAAACAUCCGUGAAAAAGCUGAACUCAAGGUCCACAAGCCAUGA